AUUUAUAUAUUUGAAUAUCGAGCCGAGUAAAAUUAUGCUCUUUCAGCCCUUCGACACAACCCGACCCAACUCAACAUCAAAUAAAAUCGAGUUUUAGUAUUAUUGAACUACUGUUUUUACGCUUAAUUUCUCAUCCCUAGUGAUUUAUUCACUUCAUUAUUUUCAUUUCAGGGACAAGUUAUGGCUUUAACAAGACGCUGCAGCAUAUUUUCAUACAUUUAUUCAUUAUACAUGUACAUUGUUGAGUUGCUGAAUAAGAUACAGAUGUUGGGGAUGGAUGAUGUAACAAUAGAGCAACAUGUACAUUCCAAUGCUGAGAUUAGCACAGGAUUACAAAUCCAAAUAGACAUGCAAAACAUGAAUUCUCAAAUACCAAAUCAAAAUCAGGGCCAUGAAACCAGCACCACAAUUGCAAUAAACCAACAAGCUGAUGGAGUAGUAGGAGGAAUGAAUUCUGAAGCUAGUCAACUGCAACCAUCACAAAAUGAGACACAAGCAAAAGACCUAAAGACCGGAUUAACGGUUGCAAUCUGGGCUAGUGAGAUUGCCGCUUGCGGAGUUAUUGCAGUUUUGGCAGGAUUUCUUGGAAAUCAAACAACAGGUUCAAGCCACAAUUUUUUCUUCAAGGCAUCCUUAAUUUCAUUGUGCAUCACUUUCAUCUUUGGGAGCUGCAUACUUAAAGAGAAAAACGUUGAUACUCUGAUAGUGUGA